CCCCGCUUCCGGCGUCCCCCGCGCGCUCUGGCCGCGCUCCUUCUGCCUCGGGGCACGGCCCGGGCUCCUCGCGGCUCCCGCCUCCGCAGCGCACCUAUUGCGGCUCAGUCAACACGCAGGCCCGGCGAGAACGCCCGGAGGCCCUGAGGAGGCCGGCGCGGGAGCGCAGACGCCCUCGCGCACAGCGUGGUGCCACCACGCGACCGUGUCGCCGGGCGCGGCCUAGCGCGCGAUUGGCCGGCGGGCAUGUGGCGCGCCCUGACGCAGGCGCGCACGAUUGGACGCGCGAUCUCGGGGGGCGGGGCCUGGUCCGCGCGGGGCCUCCAAGAGAGGCGGACCGAGCAGCAUCCUCAGCAGCGUCCAGCCGAGGACCGUCUCGCCGGGGAGUUCAGCUAUCAAGGGCAGACCAGACAUAAGGGGACAAUGCCUGAAAUAAAUAUGGAGAAGCUGGAUAAUCAGCAGGUGCAACUCCUGGCAGAGAUGUGCAUACUCAUUGAUGAAAAUGACAAUAACAUUGGGGCUGACACCAAAAAGAACUGUCACCUGAAUGAGAACAUUGAGAAAGGAUUAUUGCAUCGAGCAUUCAGUGUCUUCUUAUUUAAUACUGAAAAUAAGCUCUUGUUACAACAGAGAUCAGAUGCUAAAAUUACCUUUCCAGGUUGUUUUACCAAUACUUGUUGUAGUCACCCACUAAACAAUCCAGGAGAGCUUGAAGAAAAUGAUGCGAUUGGAGUGAGAAGAGCAGCUCAGAGACGUUUGAAAGCUGAGUUAGGCAUUCCCCUGGAAGAGGUUCCUCCAGAAGAAAUUCAGUACCUAACACGAUUGUAUUACAAGGCUCAAUCUGAUGACAUUUGGGGAGAACAUGAGAUUGAUUACAUUUUGUUUAUGAAGAAGAAUGUAACUUUGAAUCCAGACCCCAAUGAGAUUAAAAGCUAUUGUUAUGUGUCAAAGGAAGAAGUAAAGGAACUUUUGAGAAAGGCAGCCACUGGCAAAAUUAAGUUAACUCCAUGGUUCAAGAUUAUUACAGAGACUUUUCUCUUUAAAUGGUGGGACAAUUUACAUAAUUUGGAUGUGUUUAUUGACCAUGAGAAAAUACAUAGAAUGUGAACGUGGAGAGGAUAAUAACAUUCCUCACCUUAAGAAACAUGAAAUCACUAGCUUACCAUUUGAUUCCCUAUUAGGAAAAUUCAUCAGAGAUAUUAAUACUAGAGACUCUGUGGAAAGACAGCUGACUUUAUAUAUUACACACCCUGUAUAUGUACACUGCUAUUUGUAAAAGACAGAUACGAGAAAGCGUUAUGAAAAAGAGAAAAGCAAAUAAACUUAGUUUUAACCAGUCUAAACAUGACAUA